GAGUCAUCUUGUGUUAGAUGUAAACCCAAACGUCCAUCAGAAGUGCAGCUUGACCGGCAGAAACGGGAUUGAAGGAUUCAGAUUGUUCACAGGACAAUAUGGAAUCUGCUGGACCUGCUUCUGUCCUGCUGUGGAUGCUGAUAUGGACCACUGACUGCGACACACAGCCUUUGGCAGAGGAAGUAGAACUUUUCAACUCUGGUAAAGAGACCAGCCUGCAAUGGAAGUCAGAACCGUUCAAACAGUGGAGAGAAAUCCCUCUACGGUUUGGUUCUGGAACUUCUGGGCCUGUUCUCCAGGCCUGUACAAACUCCGGACGGAGAUCAUACUUAAGCAACUGGAUGGAGCGCAGAGAUGCCCACCAUUUACUGAUAGAUAUUUCAGUUGCUCAGGAGGAAGAGUCCUCUGGUGAGCUCAGUCCACUGAAAGUUCAUCUUUUUGACACAGACAAUCCCGCCUCCAGAUUCCCAAACAGUCCGAGUGUCCUGGACCUUCAAAAUUCCAAACUGUUCUCUAGUUCCAUUGAUCAGGACUCCAUAUCCAAUUAUCUGAACCGCAGCGUGUCCCUGACCCUGGGUCCGGUCUCACGCAGAGGCUUCCAGCUCGGCUUCUCCUACGCAGGAGAGUGUGUGUUCAUCACUUCCAUCAGAGUGUAUUACAAAGUAUGCCCUGACGUCGUCUCCAACCUGACGUCGUUCCUGAGGACGGGGGCCGGCUCAGAGCCGGUGUGGGGUCACUGUGUGGCGGGCGCUGUGCAGUCGUCCUCUCCUGUCAGAGAGUGCGGCCUGGACGGAGUGUGGAGCUCACAGCAAGGCGGCUGCUCCUGUGGGCCAGGCCGGGAGGAGAGAGGCCACACAUGUGAAGCCUGCAGGAUGGGCUACUACAAACCCACCAAAGGGGGAGGACAAUGCCAACUGUGCCCACCAAACACCAGGACCCUCAGGGAGGGGUCAGAGAGCUGUGAGUGCCUGCAGGGAUUCAGCCGCCUGACCUCUGACCCCCAUGACCUUGGCUGCAGUAAGCCACCCUCUGCUCCUCUGAAUCUAACAGCCAAUCCUGUUAAUGACUCGGUGCUGGUCCUGACAUGGGAUGGGCCCCACGACCGGGGAGGCAGGACAGACAUAAAAUACCAAGUAAAGUGUGAAAAGGCAGCAGAGAUGGGCAGUCGGUGGGAGCCAUGUGGGAACCAGGUGCUUUUCCUGCCAGACUCUGAUGGACUGAACGACACAUCGGUCACCAUCCUGGGACUGAACCACCAGCGUGACUACAGACUGUCAGUGCAGGCCUGGAAUCACAUCUCCUCUCUGCAGCCAGCAUCACAUUCAUCCACUGCUACUGUCACCAUGCACAGAUGGAGGACUGUGGUAAUCACUGGGGCUCCUGCGUCAGACGGCUCAGCUGGUGGAGCCGCUCCGACUCCGACUCCGACGCUGACUCUGACUCCGGCUCCGAUUCCGGCUCCAGCCCACAAGUCACCCCUGUUCCGCUCCACAUGGCUCACAGUUGUGGUUUUACUCAGCACUGUGUUGCUGACAGCUGUGAUCUUUGUCACCAUGUACUUCUUACGCAAAAACUACACUAAGCUCAGGUCAGAACCGGAUCAUGAAUUGCAGCUUCUCCCAGGGAACGCUCACAUCUCCUACCAACCUCCACACAUUACAGAGACCGGAGCUCAGCUGCCUCACAAUCAGCAGGGAGUGGCCCAGCUGCUGGAGGGGCUUAGUGGACGUUUGUGGGACAGUCUGAAGGACGUCUUGGUGGAAAGAAACCAACUGACCCUGGGCAAGGAGCUGGGCAAAGGAGAGUUUGGGUCGGUCUAUGAGGGGAUCUUCACGGCGCAGGCUGGUGCUGACAUCAGAGUGGCUGUGAAAACCAUGAGAGUUGGAAUCCACAGCCAGAGGGACUUGGAGGAGUUUUUGAAAGAGGCUGAGAUAAUGAAGAACUUUGAUCAUGAAAACGUUGUCAGGCUGCUUGGUGUCACUCUAAAGAAGGAGGAGGAUUCUGCUGUUCCUGUUCCUCUGGUCAUCCUGCCUUAUAUGAAACACAGAGACCUGCGGCGCUUUCUCAUUGCUACACGCUACGGGGACAUUCCAAUGGUUGUUCCCUUCCAGACGCUCCUGCGAUUUAUGAUAGACAUCGCAGCGGGGAUGGACUACCUGAGCACAAAGGGAUUUCUGCAUAGGGACCUGGCUGCACGCAACUGCAUGCUGGGGGAUGAUCUUCGGGUCUGUGUGGCCGACUUUGGCCUCUCUAAGAAAAUCUACAGCAGCAAUUACUACCGUCAGACAGUCGCUGUCCGUGUGCCCAUCAAGUGGAUGGCCAUUGAGAGCCUGUCUGAGUCGGUCUACACAACCAAAAGUGAUGUGUGGUCAUUCGGAGUAACUAUGUGGGAGAUCGCAUCCCGAGGAAAGACUCCAUAUCCUGCUGUCCACAACUAUGAACUGCUGGACCUGCUGCUGUCAGGACACAGACUCAAACCACCUGCAGAGUGUGACGAGAAGCUCUACGAAAUCAUGAAGAGCUGCUGGGACUCAGAGCCGCGGCUGAGGCCAGACUUUAGGAGUCUGCUUGACAAACUAAAAGGUCUUCUGUCCGAGCUCCCGGUUCUGGAAGCCUGGGAGGAGGAAAGAUACAUCAACCAAGGAUUAGAUGCUGCAUCUGCUGCAGUAACUGAGGAUCCUCAGAUAGACUCUGGGGGAAGACAUGAGAAUCUUUACCUGUCUUCUCCUGUGGGUGCAGAAGGAUGUGGAGCAAUGCCACACUGAUCACAUCCAUCCAUUAUUCAGACUUAAAUACUGUGUUACUGUUCAGAUGUCUUUAAUCUGGUUUAGGAUCCGUAGGGACUGGAUCUCUAUUCUAACCUAGAAGCAGGAGACAGACUACCAGUCCAUAUAAGAGCAACAAGAGACAUACAUGACAAACAACCUUCAAAAAUCCUUAUUCUGAUAUAUUUGCUGAUUUCUAUUAUUUUUGCCAUAAUAUCACAAAAGGAAGCAGUGUGUGUGAGAUGUUGGUGCACCUGCAGUUAACUCAAAUGUGUUGAAUUAACCUAGAAGAUUAGAAAGUUAUGAUAUGAUUAUUUCAGUCUUCCCAAAUUGUUUUAAGGCAAUGUAAUCCUCUAGGUGAA